AUGCAGCAAUGUGCGCCAUUGCCAUUGCCAUUGCCACGUCCGCCUCUCUAUCGCAUCAUCUCUUCCGACAGUCUAUGGAGGUGUGACGUUCAACGGUGUGCCCUUGGCUGCCCGCGACCUGUCCCGGACAGGCGACUUGCGCGCUUCGCCAUUCAGUUACCUUUCUGUCACUUGCAAUCACCCCUUGACUGUGGCACGCAUUAGAGCUUUGAUGAAAAACUGAAACGCAGGAGACCUCGAUAUUUCCCGAUUUCCCAGGAGGCAUUUGGAGUUAUUACCGCAGAAAAUAAUAAUGUCUGCUGCUCUGAUGGGAAAAAGGGUGCCAGCGGGAGUGGUACCGUCGCAUUAACGGCGGGAGGAGUCACAGAAGAUAAGUUCGACGGUUCCCGUUAAUGUCGUCCAGAUUGAUCUACCCUGCUCCCAAGCUGGUUCUGCUGGCUCUGUUACAUCAAAAUAAAAUUAUCACAGUUUAUAGACUCAUUGAUUCUUGAGGCCACGCACUAUUCGUGGGAGAAUUCUGGGUCCGUUUCAGCAACUUAUCAUUCUCCCUUCAGAAGAUUUAUUUCACAGUUCAGGCUAAGCAGGAGGUGACCCCCAAAGGGACACCUACCCGUCGACCCAUCGUGUCGCGUAAUCUCCUCUGUCGGCUUGGGCGAAGGAAGCGAGUGUGAAAGCGAGGCCAUCGGAGGUUCGGGAGGAGGGAAACGAAUCGACCUCCGGCAUUGUCACAAAGAUCCGCAAGGAAAUGAAGAUAUAGAAAUUAAAUUUUUGUUGAGGUUUUGCUUCUCCUAUACGAUCAUACUUCUUCCGACACCGAUUAGACUCCGUUCCUACAUCAGUAAAUCUAUUUUUCUGUCUGAAGAUCCGACGAUAUGCGACUUAAAAGACAUGCAUCAUAACUGUGAUUGCACCACCACACCAAGGCCUAUCCAUCACCACAUCCGCCGUCUUCGUUGAAGCAGGAGUCGAGAGAAUCAGGCGUCCGUUACGACAGUCAGAAUAAUCGGAAACUAGUCCAUGCCGAGGCAAGUAUUAGGAUUAGGACGACGAUGGUCAGGACGCAGAUGGCAGAGACUGUUACGGCUUCUGACAGGUUACUCCCACAUGAAAUCUCUUAGUCUGUUUUGGGAACGGAGUCUCCUUGCCUGUUUCUUCCCCGAAACUCCUCCGUCCCUUAUAUUUAAUGUCCUUGGGCUUCUUCGACUAGACAUUUGUCCUCAGAUAUAAGUAGCUGAAAGUUCACAGGAUUCCGUGUGGCACAAUCUGACUUUGACAGUCGUAGUUUCAGAAAACGGAUAAUCUGAUUAGGGGCUAUGAAAACUCAAAUAGAAACGGCGCCAUCAUGGCAUUUCGUUCAACAAUCCUAUUUAUUUACGAAAUAACGUAACGGAGAUGCAGAGAACUGGGAUGAUGAACCCACCAGAGGAACAUUUAGCAGGUAUCUUUCUUUGCAACUUUCCAUAUGAUGACAUAACAGAAGUAAAAGGAAAACCAUAGACGAGAUCUAGAACGUAUGUCGAUGGCUUCAAUGAAUAUAAUCCAAGCAAAAACAUUCUAGGUCUCUAAAUAAAUCAAUGAAAUAACCUUGGAGGUGAGAGUAAUUGAUAUCAAAUAAGCUGAGAUCAUUGAAAAGUGAACGAGUAUUUCUAAGUUUAAUCUCCUAUGGUUUAUCCGAUGUUCCUCACGCGGAGAAUCCACUGCAUCCAUCUCUCGCUUGUGAUCAGAAAUACUUAUUUUUCACAUUUUCAUUGGUUAGCUAGUUAUCAAGUGAGCUUAGCUGUAUCCUUCAGCGUGAAGAUCAAAUAUGACCAUUAAACAAACAAAAACUGACAAAGAAUGGUUUAGCCAGUAUCCUUUACUAUGGAUCGGUAAAGGCUUCCCUAUGUCAUGAACUGAGAGUCUUGAAACACAUUGUUCGCAUUUUAUAAUAAGCAACUUUAUUUAUCUUAUGAUGUGAUGUAUUAUUUUUGAAUCUUUGAUACUUAUUCCAGAAAUUAUGCAAUUUGCACAUUUUCUACUGACGUUUCACUUCUUAGGAAUAAUGAUAAAUUUGUAGACAAGGAUUUAUGAUAAAUAUAAAACAAUUUCAAUAAAGCAGCCCACUUAUCUAAGAAAAACAUUUUUUGUAACCUAGGGACAUUCAAUCAGAAUACGGAUGGGCUUUCUAGCAGAUUAUGCAUAAUGACUACAAGUGCUUGGUGAGAUCUUUCUCAGUCUUUCAUUUUGAUUUCCUUUCACUAAAUAAGACUGGAAAUAGAGAAUAAGAGAAUAGAGAUUAUGACUUGGACAGAAGAUAAGAGUAGAGAAUAAACAAGGAUAGAUAAAAAGACUCUGAAGGAGGGGUAUGUUUCGGGAAGGUUCUUGCUCAUCUUUAGACUGGCCUCUAUGUUCCAGAGCAGCUCAAUGUCAUGGUGGUGAAUAAUCAAUGGUUCCAUCAUCAUCUUCAAAACCUAUCAUCAAUUGUCACCACCGCAUCCAACUCCACUACCACCAUUAUCACUCACACUACCACCUUCAAUGUCUAUGCUGCCACUAAUUUCAUCGCCGUCUUGGCCACAAGUUGCAACACAGACAAAUAUGAAGAACACUAUGAAGCAGAAUAUGAUGAUAGUAGGGACAAAAAUCGUAUCCAUCUUUAUGUUCACCUAUAGGAAUAAAUAUGCAAAUAUAGAAGAGAAAUCACUAAGCUAUUAAGAAUUAUGAUGAGAACAAAACUACCACCAUACACCUCUAAUUCAUGUAUCAAUGCCCUCCAGACGACUCACACAUUAGGGUGUCAAUAAUAGACUCUUAUCUCCUUCUAUAAAAACUUCACUUGUAAUAGAAGAAAGAAGAGAUACUAAGAAAAAAGAAGAUAGCUGAUGGAGAGAGAUAAUAGAAAGAAGAGAGAGAGAGAGAGAGAGAAAUCUCUCAUUGUCCAUCGUACUCAAAAAAAGAGAAAUAUAUGCCCCUAUUUAUAGAAAAAAAAGAUAAAUGCCCCUUAAAAUAAGACAUUUCGAUCUACAUGUGAAGAGCCACCUCCUGUCUCAACAUUCAAAAGAUGUGCAAGAGAGCCUCUCCUAUCUUACUCACUUGGGAGAUGUCUGAGGAGUGAGGAAUGAUGAUGCGGUUUUCACCUCAUCUUGUUUGACCUAGUUGGGGGUCAUGUAGGGAGAGAAAAAUAGUUGUCACCUCAUCCCUUUUGACCUGUUUAGGGGUCGUGUAGGGAGAGAGAGAGCAAGAAACGAGGGAGAUUGAAGCCAUCACUUUUGAGAUGUUGAUAAAUCCAAAAAUCAUGAUGAAUUAUGUUGUUGUUUUUCUUUUAAAAUUUAUGCGAUAAUACUUAUAAUUCAACUUAAUCACUCAAUAUAGGUAGAGUGUAAGUAAGGGGUAGAAUCCACAAGGAGGAAUGAUAGAAAUCUGAAUUCAAGUUUUUCAUGAAGAGAAAGGAAAUUCAAAUAGAAGAAAGGGGAAAAUAGCUGAGAAGAUAAAGAAGAAAUGGAAAGAUGAUCUUGAAGAUCUUGAUCUUAUUUCCAAGAUCAGAAUUUUCUAGAUCAGGGGAGAUAUGAAAAUAUGAUAUGAGGAUUGAUGAACCACAAAAUAAGUAUGAGAAAAAGAAGUCUUAAACUAAUUUUUAUGAUAUUACAAAUGAUAGUUGUGAUCAAAUCCAAUCAAUGAUGCUUAUUCAAACAAUCAUUCAAUCAAGGACUUGUAUACUUUGCCCAGGCCAUAGCGGUUUGUAACCAGAAAGAUGAAUGAAAAGAGAAAGGAAAGAAUUCACUAAAUCAGAAGUUUGAACACAAGAUUGAUCUCUGGUAACCCUCUUUCCUAUUGGCCAACCAAAUGCUGGGGGCAAGACUAAAAGAUUUGUUUCUAAGUUUGCAGCCCUGUUAUCAUAAGGGUUAGGACAUGGAUGGAAAGAGGAGAUAAUGAUGAAGCAGCCCACAAAAUUUCAGCCCUGAACUCCUUUUGGUUCGUCAAAUAUCAUGAUUUAAACUUGGGUUAAUCUGAGUCGUUGAUCUUUUUCUCUCUCCUCCAUGUUGCCGCCAAGUUCAUUUAGGGUUCCACAUUUUUUUAAUCCUUGUAAGCUUCAGUGAAUGGCCAUGAUUAGGCAUAAAUUUUCCACUUUACUUGCCUCAUUAAUCCCCUAACAUGUGUCCACUGAAUGAGGUUCCACCAUGUGUAUAGGCAUCAGCUCGCAUUCAUUAUAGUUUUAAUCAUCAAAUUUUUUCUUCUCACCACGUGUCCUUGCACACUUGAAAAUAAGAACAUUAGUCCUAUGCAUGGCUUCAUUGUGAUGCAAUGCACCUUCAUAAUGAUUGGAUCAGCCAAUCAUUGACAAAAAUGAGUAAACACGAUUGAAACAACAUAUUGAGAUGACAUUAAAUCUCGAUAAAAGCUAUUUAAAACCAUAAGAGCCUAUAAAUAAAUCUGAGAAAAUAUAUUUUGACUUGUAAAUUAAUUUUUUUAAGAAUCCAAUAUCAGAAAAUUCUACAAAAAAGACUAAAAAAGUAUAGAAAAAUUAUAUCAUUAAUCUUAAAAAAUAGAAUGAAUCAUUUUAAGAUGUGAUAAUAUGCAUAGAUUAUCAUUUAAAUGUAAAUAUAAAUGUGAAGUUUAUAAUAUUAAUAUAAUAAUUAGUAUGUUAUCAAAUGUGUGGGCUCACUUGCAUGUAGAUCGAGAUGUCUCCUUUUAGGGGGUGUUAUCUUUUAUUAUUUUCUAUAAAUAAGGCAUGUAUUUCUCCUUUUUUAGUAUGAUAGACUAUGAGAGAUUUCUCUCUCUCUCUCUUCAUUUUAUUCUCUCUCUCCAUCAAAUCUCUUCUUCUUUCUUGAUAUCUCUUCUCUUUUCUAUUAUAGGUGAAGUCCUUAUAAAAAAAGAUAAGAGUCUAUUGAUAACUCUCUAAUGUGUCGGUUGUCUAGAAGGUAUUGAAACAUGAAUUAGAGGUUUAUACUAGAAGUUUUGUUCUCAUUAAGAUUCUUGAUAGCUUGAUGAUUUCUCUUCUACUUAUUUUUAUUGAUAUUCAUAACUUUAGUUUCUACUAUUAUUUGUGAUUUUGUACUUGCAUAUUUAUUCUUACAAGUGAUAUUAGAGUAUUGAUUUGAUUAUUAAUGAAUUUACUAUGACUUCUAAGGUGCACACUAACAUUUAGAAGUUACAUAAGUCUUCUAAAUUUAAUCUCUAAAAGUAUCAUAUUUAUGAUAUGUUGUUCUAAAAUGACUUGUAUAUAAUUUUGGAUGGACCAAAAUAGACAAGAUCAAUACUAAUGGUUGAGAAAUAAUAAAAAAGGAGGCUGAAGGUUUAUUUGUAUAUGUUUGUUUGAUUGUGCUCUUCAACAAGUCAUGAAUAAAUAUAAUUCAAAGAAACUCUAAAAGAAGUUGAAGAACCAAUGUGCAUUAAAUUUGAUGAUAAAUAAAUUGACAUUGAAGAGAAAAUUAUCUAAAUUACCCAUGUUAAAUAGAGAUGAUUUGACAUCUUAUUAAUUAUUUUAAUCAAUCAAUAAAUUACUUGUUUCAUAUAAAAUAUAAUUUUUCUUAUGAGAAUUUUUUUUUGUUCUACUUGAUUCACUUCUUAAUUCAUAUGAUCAUCUCAUUAUAACCUUGUUGCAUGGUAGUACAACACAUGUUCUUGAAGAUACUAUUGACUCAUUGAUGAAAUAUUAUCAUGAGAAGAAAGAUGUUGAUGAGCCUUGUGGUGAAGGUUUAUAUUUGAAGGGUGAAAAAGAACGUGAAAGGUAGAAGGAGAAGGGAUCAUUAGGAGACAAGAAAAGUCAGUUCAAGUUCUAAAAAAUUAGUUGAAAGACUAAACUUGUCAUAAGUGUUAUGAGAAGAAACACUUGUGAAGAAAUUGUUUAAGGAAUAAGAGUGAUAAAAUAGCAAGAGGUGAACCUAAUUUGGCAAAUGUUGCAAAGGUUGAGAACAAAGAAGAUGGUGGAAUCUUAUUUUGGUCUUGUUGUUAUUGAGUAGUUGUCAAACAUAUGGAUUCUUACUAUUGACUAAUUUGACUCAUACAAGAGUACAAUAAUAGUUGUUUUCAUAAAAAACAACAUAGCUUGCUAACUUGCAUUAGUUUGGUGAAGGUUUGAAUGUUUAACGGAGUGGUUUGAGAGUUAAGAAAUAUUUCUCAUGUUUUAAUAUUGUACUAGAAUUUAAUUUCACUUUGAGUAUUGAAAGUUAAUAAAUGUUACUUAAAAAGAGAGAAUGAAAUCCUCAAGAUUAUCAAGAGAUUAUUCAUUAUGAUGAAGAAAAGACAUCAAUGAAUAAAUAUUUAUAAACUUAGAAAAAUACUGAUGUAGGUAGAGUUUGUGUUGUGACACCAAAUGAUUUAAUGAUUGAUGAUACUCUUUUAUAACACGUGAUUGAGCCAUAUGAGUGAGACAUAUAAAGAAUAAUUAUAUAUAUGAGGAUUGCUAACUAAUGUGAAAACUUACAAAUUAGAUUAUUAUAAGUACUGUAUCAUGAGAAAAUAAUACAUGGUAAUAAUUUAAGGCAAUGAAACAUGAUAUAGAUGGUGUGUUAAAUUAUAUUCAUUCAAAUGUGUAUGAUUUAGUUGAUGUGAUGUCGAUGGAUAAUACUUGUUAUUUUUUUACUUUUAUUGAUAAUUUUUCUAGAAAAAUAUUUUGAAAGUAUAAAAUUAGAAGUAUUUAUGAAGUUCAAGACUUGGUGUGUAAAGAUAGAGAAUGAGAUGGAGAAGAAAAUAAAAAUCUUGUGAACUAACAAUGAUAUAGAAUUUAAAAAUUCUGAAUUUGAUUAGUUUUAUGGUGAACAUGAUAUUCAAUAUUAUUAUACAAUGAAAAAUAUUCCAUAAUAGAACACUAUUACUGAGUGAAUGAACUAUAUAAUUGUUGAGAGAGCAUAGUGCUUAUGGUUGAAUGUCUACUUGUUCAAAGAGUUUUGAGUAGAAGUUGUGAGUAUGAUAUUCAGUGAAUAAAUCAUUAAAUUUUGCUCUUAACAGGAAGAUUAUUGAAGAAGUAUGAACUAAAAAUCAUGUUGACUAUUUAAAUUUAUGUAUAUUUAAAUGUCCAAGAUAUGUCCUAACACUUACUAAUGAGAAAAUCAAAACUAGAUCUAAAGUCUAGAAAAUAUAUCUUCUUGGGUACAAUACUAGUGUGAAAAGAUAUUGACUUUAUGAUUGAAAAAGAAAAAUAUUAUUUUAAUAGAGAUAUAGUCUUUGAUGAAAAUCAUAUAUUGAAGUUCUUUUCUAUAGAACACAAGAUUCAAAAAUCUAAUAAUACUUGUGUUGAAGAUAGAGUAAGAUUAAAGGUAAAAAUUGUGUAGAGUCUUCUUAGUUUUAUUAUAAAUGAAGAUCGAGUGAUAUAAUUAUCAAAUAUUCUUGAUUAUAUUAUUGUUAGAUGAGGUAAGCAUAAAGUAAAGCCUCUUACUCAUCUUGAUAAUUAUAUUAUCUUUAAAUUAUUUAUAAGAGAUGAUGUGCUAAUAAUUUUUUGAGAGGUAAUUAGUUGUUUAAAAAAAGAGAAAUGACUACAGGCCAUGUCUAAAGAAUGAGCAUCUUUAGACAAGAAUCACACUUAAAAAUUAGUAGAUCUUCUUACAAGAAAGUGAGCUAUUAAGUGUAAUUGAGUGUACAAAAAGAAGUUGUCAAUAAUUGAUGAUGAUUAAUCAUAAUACAAGACAAGACUUGUUGUAAAAUAUUUUACAUAGAAGUAGAGAAUUAAUUAUAUAAAGAUCUUUUCACCUAUUGUGAAGUACACAUCUAUUUAACUUGGUGCUUGAAUUAAAGUCUUUCUAUAUUGUGACAAUUAAAGUGAUAUUUGCUUGGCAAAGAAUCAAGUCUAUUAUGUAUGGUCGAAAUAUAUUGAUUUGCAGUAUCACAAGAUUUAUGAAUUUGAUAAAUUUUAGAGAUAUCUCUUUAGAGAAAGUUCACAUAGAAAAGAAUAUUAUGAAUAUAUUAACAAAAGUUGUCAUAGUAGAGAAGUUCAAAUAUUAUGUAAAUUUGAUUCAUAUUGUAGGUACUUUAUAGAAGGUGAAGAACAUACAAUAUAAAUGAACAUCAACAUCGGGUACAAUGAUGAUGGCUGUCAAGAUAGAAUUUGGUGGGGUGAGUAAUCAUUAUGAGUUCUGGACCUGACCCAAAAGCCAUAGAUCUUGUAUUGAGUAAUCAUUAUGAGUCACUAUUAAAGGUCAACUAUCUCUUGUGGACAUUGAGCAUACUAUGUGAGAACCUCAUCCUUGGUCAUACCCAACAUGUCAUUGUCUACUUAUAAGUAUUUUUGCGAGUGGAUUAUUGUUUCUUUGAAUCAAUGAAUGAAACCAUGUCACCAUACAUAGUCAGCCAACUUCCACCAGCAUAUAGUGGGCUAUAUUUGACAUUUGGUAGAAAGACAAUGGAUGCAUGUACGCAUCGGCAGUCUCCCCUUGAUAUGCCUAAAGUAAUGCCUCUUGUGGGCUGAUGUCAACGAUUGAUCAAUCUUCUUUCUUUGGGGAAAAACACCCGAAAUAUCAAAUAAAAAUGGGUCGUGUUUAACUUUUUAUUUUUCAACAAUCGUCAAAAAUAGAUAUCAAAUGCCAGGGCUCUUAUGCUUCGGUAACUAGAGAUUGACAACUACACAGGAAUUAAACUCUAAUCACCACAACAUUAUGUUUGCGCAAAAAAUGUAAUUUUUUCCCAAUGUCGGGCCCUGUGCUCAGCCACGACAGUGCAUACCACAAUGGAACCUUAGCGGCUCCCACCGCCCUACACAUCCACAUCACAGUCAACAGGACGGCAAGAACGAUCUCAAUCAAGCCCAGCGCUGGACCUAGUCAAAAAGGUCACCCACACCAGACAUAAUAGGUAUCCUAUAACGUCAGCGGCUUGGGUUGGCAAUCCCUCGGGAAUUUCCCCUGGUAUCUUAGUCUUCUGUCAUCAUCUUCUUUUGGCCCUCUCUCCGUCCCUCUCUCUCUUGCUCGCCCUCCCUCUCUCCCUCUCCUCUCUCUCUCUCCCCCCCUCUCUCUCUCUCUCUUUCUCCCCCUUUCUCUCUCCCUCUCUCUCCCUUUUCUCUCCCCGUCCCUCUCGCUGUCUUGCUCGCCCUCCCUCUCUCCCUCCUCUCUCUCUCUCUCUCUCACUUACCAUUUUGGGCUUUCUUGUGAAACAUCUUACUUUACAGGGAAACUAAGUAAAGAUCUCCAAGUUUCCCAAUGGUUUAUUGGGGUUGUCAUUUGGUGACCGAAACGUUUAAAACCUCGUUAUAUUUGAACGUGGAUAAGCAGAUCUAUUGGUGAUUUAAACUAGAGUAACCGUCAUCUAUAACAUUUUUCUGGCUUCUCAUUGGCCAGCCCAAUGAUAGGUGUUUCGUCUUUCUUGUUGACACUUAACAGAAUAAACCGAUAUAUAGAGGCAAUAUCCCCCGCUUUCCCAAAGGUUGGUUACUUCGUGCCCGGAACUACCAGUUAGUCUCACGAGACAUCUUCAGAGCAGAAAGUUAUCUACAUUCCACUUUAAGUCACCGAGUAGUUGGACAAGUUUCAAUGUAUUUAGUCAUAAGAUUCCACUUUAAGUCUGCGAGUAAGAUCUUUCCUUGAAUAGAAACCUCAGUUAUUCGAGUUACGAGUCUCUCUUUCCUAAACGCCUCUAUUCAUAUGAGGAGAUUAACUCAUGCGAUACAUCACGAUGCUUGACCCGCCAUUUUGUCCAAUCUACGCGCGCUCUUCAUGUUCCGGACGAAACUACAUGAUCUUGCUUCACCAAAAGUCCCAUUAAAGUCAGUAAUCGUAAGACGGAUCUCAAUCAAACGUUCAAUCAUAAUUCCACCACCAUAAAAAUACAUUCUGAGUGCAGACACUCAGAAUAUCAACAAGCGCCAGGUGUGCUCAUCAUUGUGAUGGCCUCGUCCAGCUGAACCUUCAACAGCCCCCCCCACCCCCGCCGCCCCCGCCCCCGCCCCCGCCCCCGCCCCCACCCCCGCCGCCGCCACCCCCGUCGCCGCCGCCGCCGCCGCCGCCGCCACAGCCCCCGCCCCCCCCGAAGUCAAAGCCGCCACCCCCGCCGAAGCCAAAACCGCCGCCCCCGCCGACGCCACCGGAGCCACCGCCACCACCUCCGGCUAUGCCAGCGUCCACACCACAGGCUGUGGCACAGGACCUGAUAAGUCCCACAACUAUCCCGAUGGCGAUAAAGACGGCAACGACGAUCCAAACUAUUAUAGGCGCAUCCAUUAAUCUUCGCUGUCCCCCUGCCCCGCUCAGGACCCUGUCAGAUGAGGGUAACCCUCGAAGGACACACCUAUAUAUAGAUCUCAUGGGUUUCCCUUGACGUUAGCGGCUUGCGUUCACGAUUCCGUCUCAAGAAAUUUCCCGCCGCUUUCGGUCGAAAAUCAUCUUCCUCCGGCAACACGCUACGUGUUGACUAACAUGACGUGUCUCCGACGUAGACCCCGUCUUCUUUGUGUCAAGCUAUUUUUAAUAACAAAAUUAUUCAAUCAUCUACAGAAGAAAACAUCAAGACCGAAUUAUCUACCCCAAACAAUUUAUUUCCAGAUUCUUCAAGUCAUGCUUUUAAUUGUACAAGACCCCAGUUUCCUCUGAAGAAGCCUCAGCAAGCAAUUAUAAAUAUAAUGUGUCUUAAAUAAUAAUUAAUUCAAAUGUGGAGUACUUAAUCUCACUUAAGCUAUUUUAUUUGAUUUAUUCAGCAAAACUUUGGGAAUCAAGUUCGUGCACAGUGUCGGACCCACGCUCAUCCAUUCAUUUUUCACAAACAACCUUUCCCUACUGUUCCUUGUUGUCGUACCCUCCUUGCCGAUAGCAAAGUUGCAUAAAUAGAUGAGCAGAAAUUUUACCGGUACGCCCUCGAGGCUUCCGCAGAACAUGAGGUGUCUCGGAUACUUUUCCUAUUUGAAAAGUUUAAUGGUACAAAAGGAUUUUUACAGAUAUGCAAGGAUAUUGGAGCGAGAGUAGUGAGCCUGCUGUUAUCCAGGGAUGUCUUAUCGGCUUCCUCGAGCUGUUUCCCCCUCAUGAAAGUGGUACGAACCAACAGGGGAGAAGCUCAGUGAGCGUGGUGGCGUCCUCUCUCAUCCCGCGGGAGCUAAUGGAGAUGUACGCCCCUCCGUCCUCCACGCUCACGCUCACCUUCACCUCCUCCUCUUCCUCCUCUUCCUCGGCCUCCUUCCGUCGCCCCAGCUUGCCCUGCGUAGCCAGGCACCGCUGCUCUCAUCCAGCCAGCUCCGCCGCCGCCGUUGGCACGUCCGCCUCUCUAUCGCACCAUCUCUCUUCCGCCAGUCUAUGGAGGUGCGCCGCCCAACGGCGUGGCCUUGUCUGCCCGCGAGCAGCACCAGACAGGCGACUUGCCCGCUUCGCCAUUCAGGUACCUUUUAGUCACCUGCGAUCACCCCUUCACCGUGGCAGGCAGUGGAGCUGUGAUGAGCAUUUCGAGUGAUACCGUAGAAAAUAAUAAUUUAUGCUGCUCUUAUGCAAAAAAGGGUGUCAGCGGCCGUGAUACCUGUCGCAUUAACGAUGGGAGGAGUCAGGGAAGAGAAGCUCCACAGAUGUCGUCAAUGACGCCAAAAUUGAUCUACCGUGCUUACAGUGACUACCAAAGUGCUUCUCCCCGAGGAUGAUCUUGUUUACCGCAGGAUCAUAAAUUCAUUGUCAGACUUUUAUCAAUCUGACUGGGGAGCCAAUUUAGAUAUAAACUCAUGGUUAUGAUUUUACGUUGAGGAUAAACAUAAUUUAGGAUAAUUCAAGAUGAAUGCCUGAAAGAUACUAAUGUUAGUCUAUUGACGCUCCAAUGUAUCAUGUCAUUCAAGAAUCAGCACAUGAGUACGUGAGGCAAUGCUGCUUGAACUUACGUGGCAGUUUCUUCGGGAAAAGCUAUUGUGCGUGUAUGCUGCGUGCAUACAUACAUACAUACAUACAUACAUACAUACAUACAUAAAAUUUGGAGGGUGACUAAUGUUAGGAAAAAGUGGCUGAGAACGUGCUAGCUAUAUGUGAAGAAACCAGGAAUCAUGGUCCUUGUCUUUGAUUAGGAUAUAUCUUCCUUCUGAUUAGUUGCUGGAAAAGAAUGUAGCAAUAAUUAAUAUUUAUACGAAGGAGAAACGUUGAAGAAAAAUAUGUAUAAAAAUCAGACGUCAUUCACUUGUUGUUUUUCUUUCUGAAGAGCAAUGGUGAUGUAAAUGGGCUGAGCCAUAGCUUAAAAUAAACUAGAUGGGUCAUGGAAUCGUGAGGAGUUUUUGGUGACUGAUAGUGUACCGUCUCUAUUAUCUAUCCCCUUAUGCCCUUGACUUUUCAGCAAGACCGAGGUUCCUGAGGUUUAAAACUUUUGAAGUUGAAUUCGCAUGAACUAUUACCAGUAUAGUUUGUGCAGAGUUUUAGAUCGGUUGUAGCCAAGGUUCACCCAAGACUCAAUCUCAGUACUAGAAACGAUAUCAUCAUCGCUGCUUACAUAAUGGCUUGCAAUAAUUCAUGAAAAGGCGAGAGCAGUACUAUCAUAACUUUUCCAUUAUCAUACAGCAGCUGGAAAAUUUUGUCACACAACUUCUGCAUGGGUUUUAAUGAGCCAUUAUUAUGCUACACUUGAGAAGUUAAAUGACACUUUAGAUCCAUCUUUACUUAUCUAAGGACGGAGUAUAUUUUUGCAGUAAAACUCCUGCAAUUCGUUCUUGAAACAUUUUCUAGGCGUAAAUACUGUAAAAAAAAAUUAUUAUGGGAAGGAAUAUAGGCCUUAUUUUAAUUUCUGCGCCACAAUCGGGUGGUUUGUACUAAAAAAUGAUUCACAUUUUUUAGGCUUCAUAUUUUUUUCUUCAUCUGCUAUUGCUUUUUUUUUUAAGCCUCAAUCAUUGUUCUGCAAAUCUUUGUCUCUUCAAUCAUGCUUCUUCCGUGGACAUCCCAGGCCUGCUCCCAAGCUGGUGCUGCUGGUGCUGCUGGUACUGAUCCUCCAAAAGGAAACUUUUCAAAGUUUUUGGAACCCGUUUGGAGAUUCUUGAGACCUCACACUAUUCGUGGUACAGCUCUGGGUUCCUUGUGAGUUUCUUAUAUCAUUCUCCCUUUAGAAGCUGUAUUUCACGGUCCUUCAUGCAUUUAUAGCCUACUUGAUGACGAGGCCAGAGUACAAUUUUCUCCAUUUUACCUUCAUUGUUUAUUUCCUUUAUUGGCAGGGCUUUGGUUUCACGAGCUUUGAUAGAGAACAAAGAUUUGAUAAAUUGGUGGCUGGUAUUCAAGGCAUUUUAUGGUCUCAUAGCACUUAUAUGUGGGAAUGGAUAUAUUGUCGGGAUCAAUCAGAUAUAUGAUAUCGGAAUUGACAAGUAAGCUCAAGUCUAACAACUGUAUGACUCAUUUCAUAUUUCUUUCUGACUUUUCAUCUAAUUUAGUUUCUAGGUGAGUUUUUGGGUCGCUGAUGUUUGAGUCUUGGUUAUCAUUCUGGGAAGUUGGCAUAGGAAAUCUUACCAUUAUUGUGAUUUUUUAGUAUUAACCUUUAUCAGUUUAUCUGCAGAGUCAACAAGCCCUACUUACCUAUUGCUGCAGGGGAUCUCUCAGUUGACUCGGCAUGGCUGCUGGUGUUAUCUUUUGCAGCUGCUGGGCUUUUGAUUGUUGUCUUAAACUUUGGACCGUUCAUCUCUUCUCUUUAUUGCCUAGGGCUCUUUCUUGGCACCAUUUAUUCUGUGCCUCCUUUUCGAUUAAAGAAGUAUCCAGUUGCAGCAUUCCUUAUCAUUGCCACGGUUUGUUAGUUGUCUCUUUUAUUCCAAUUAAAGGUUAUCUUUCACAGUCAUUUAUAAAUAUAUAUUUAUAUAUAUAUAAUCAUUUAUAUUUUCAUGAUGACCGUAAUGGAUAUGUAUUCAUUUAUCACCUUGUGUGAAACAGUAAUGUUGGAUUAUCUUUUUGAGCUAUUGGGUCAUAUCUAUCUGUGAGAUACUAAUAGGUGCAUCGGUUCUGUUACUUUGAAAUGAAUUAAAUUUAUCCAUUUUUCAUGUGUGAGCCUAGGAAAGAGUUUCAGAAGAGGGUAUAUGGAAUAAAAGAGAGACAUAUUCAUCUAACGUGACCCUUACAUUUCUAAAUAGUUUACGUGUAUGAGUCCCAGAAAACUGUUUCAGAAGUUUUACGGGUGAGAUAUAUUGAAUCAAGCUUUUUUUUUAUCCUGCAUCAGUGAUGUCGAGUUAUUAAUAAAUCGAUGUAGUUUUCUUAUCCCAGGUGACCAGUCAUAAUGAUCUUGUAUUUUAUAUGACAGCAAGUUCCGAGCUGAACACCAAACACAAAUCAUGCUUGUGCGUAAAAUGGUUAAAGACGAGUAGAGAAGAUAUACGAUUUAGUGAACUAACCAUUAUGUUAUCUUUUCCGACCGACCAUCUGGUUCUUUAGUUUUGUUGCGAGUUUGACUCAGCCGGAUUACUUUGUGCUAGAUUUUCAGAUUAUUCAAAAUAUUUGGUGGGGCUAGCUUAGGUGGUGUUCAAACGUUCCUCCCAAGCCUUAUUGUCAUUUCAACUACUCAGCAUAAGAGUUUUUAUAUCAUACUUGGAUAUGUCCUUGUUACGUGCUUUGAUACUCUCUUCAUUAAACUGACAUUUUCAGGUACGAGGAUUUCUACUUAAUUUUGGUGUGUAUUAUGCCACCAGAGCUGCACUGGGUCUUACCUUUGAGUGGAGGUGAGAAGAUAAUAUCAAUCAAAUAUAAUGGGAUUCUAGUUUAGUGGUAUCCAUCCACAUGAUGGUGUCAAUAGAUAUUAGCCACCCUGUGAUAAAAGAUCUUUGUUUGCUAUUAUCACAAUAAAACACAAAUUCAUUGUUAGAGAUACGGAACUGAGUGCAGGCUUCGUAGUGAUGUCGGUAUCUGAUGCCAAUUAAACCUUUUUCUACUCUAUAUAUUCUCAUCACUUUCUUUGUUUUGAAAUACGAGACCAACAUCCUUUAGGAAGUUUCUCGUGCUUCAUUAUGAACCUGGCGUUAAUUUCUAAUACGAGAGUGGCAUUUCCUGCAUGCAGUUCCCCAGUUGCUUUCAUCACGGCCUUUGUGACAGUCUUUGCUCUGGUCAUUGCAAUAACCAAAGAUCUUCCAGAUGUUGAAGGAGACCGGAAGUGAGUGGCACCAAAGAAUGUCCUAUGUUUGUUGAACUUUGUCCCGAUCUCUUUUUUAUUUGUAUUUAUACGCCUGUGUUUUUGUAUGUAAAUAACUACUGAAAAUGACGCCCUUCACAAGAUUCAAACUAAAUCUCAGUUAAUGGUGUAGGCACAUCUGUAUAACCGCAUGUUUUUUAUUCCCUACUUAGUAAUAUUUUUAUGUGAUUGCUGUAUGGAAGCCAUCUUUUGGGCUUGGUCACAUGGACAAUAGAAAUUUGGUACGAAAUUCUGAGAACUGCCGUUGGCUUGAAAGUCAUGUCAUGUUGAAGUAUUCAACCAAUUGAAUUCAAAACUAAUGAGUUAUGGAUAUAGCAAUGCCGUUGGCAAACCAUGAUGUCAUACUAUGAUAACAGAAGGGUAAAAAAUUAAUAAUUUGAAAUAGGACACAGAUUGGCUCUAGGCUUUUUCUGAUUCAUACUAAUGCUGGCCUUCAUUGGACAGAAGAAAAACCUUAAGGUACGUUUACAUCGCAUUGAUAGAUAUACGUCUGAAAUGAUUUAGCUAAGUUUAUAUUCAAAUGGGCUCGUACUAUUGUCAGCCAUAAGACACCUCUGCUUAGGGAAUAUUGACAAUCUACAUGGUGGGUUACAUUCAUCAUACUAGAUGUCCCAGCACUUUUGAGAAUCAAAGUGGGACCAGAUUAGGUGAAUUGACUGAUUUCUGGUUUGUCAUGGACUGAAUCUCGAAUUAACUUUUUUAAAAUGUUAACAAUAAAAUUUUGAAAAAAAAAAUUCAAAGUAUUAGAAGAAAACCUUAUACUUUCUGGAAAAUGUGAAAAAAUGUGCUUACAAGGAAGUAGUAGGUUUGAAUAUAAUUUUUAGGUCACUGAUUUGGUGAAUUUUGAGGUAAUGCUGGGAGUCUUGGUCGGUGGCAUGAACAUAAAAACCCCAGUAAACCAAAUUACUCAUUCAACUAGAAGAUGGCGUAGCCAAUUUAUAUAUUUUAUCCAGAAAAAAAAGGCCAAUACUUUAUUCCUCUUAUUUCCUACCCAUUUUAAAUAGAACCAUAUUUCUCUCCUCAUGACACCGAACUAUUUUCAAAUAAUAAAUAGUUUCUGGGCGCAGUGGUUCUUGCAUUAGGACUUGUUUUUCUAUCAAUGCGGAAAUUAUCACACUAUUCAGUACCCUUUCUCAUGCUUUAUAUUUUCAUCAUAGGUUUCAGAUUUCAACAUUGGCAACAAAGCUCGGGGUCAGGAACAUUGCCAUCCUAGGUUCUGGGCUUUUGUUGGCGAACUACCUGGGCGCUAUACUUGCUGCUGUUUAUAUGCCUCAGGUGAAACGUAUACCAGUAGAGGCCCAGUGCCUUUAGUUCUAGUGUCAAGAUGCCUCUGAUCUUCUUCUCAAUUGCUUGUUGUCCAUGGUGACUCUAAUAUCUGAUCUUUUUUGGUCUGAAAUCGAUUCAUUCUAAAAGCAUUUCCGCUAAAAAGCCUGCUUUAUUUCACACUUAUAUUCUACUUAGAUAAAAUAUUUUCUUCCUAUGCAGGCUUUCAGGCGCAAUUUGAUGGUCCCCGUCCAUGCUGCUUUAGCUCUUGCUUUGAUUUUCCAGGUUAUUUGAACCAUACAAAUUGUCGCCGUCGGAAUGAUAUUUAUUUUAUUUUAUCUAUCUGCGCAUUCGUCCUUGCAUGUGAGAGGACGGAGAGAGCUAAAGGGUAGUCCACCUCUUUAAUCCUCUCUUAUUCGAGGCAAUAACCACUUCAACAUAAAAAAUAAAAUAAAAAAUAGAUAAAUUUUGGUUACUUUAUUCCUGGUUGAUAUUUGAUAAUCUUGCAUCGAAUAGUAACCUAGUCAACGCCCUUUCCAUAGGAGGAGAGAAAAAAAUCUCUGAUCUAAGGGAAAUGGGAAGCAUCUGGAGAUGCAAGACAUUGAUUCAAGCAUGGUGUCUGUUUGGACAGAUGGAUCUCUCUGGCGUGCUGCGCCUCAAAAUGAUGGACUAAGAACUGUAAUAUGUAAUGGGAGGACAAUGGUUAGAUGCAGAUUAUGAUCUUCUUUCAAACAAAAAAACAAACAAGUGGAUCCCCAUUAUUUUCCUUCAUCUUCAGUGUAUUACAUUAAUUUUCUGAUGAAAUAUUUUCUGAGCACGUGAAAAAAAAAAAAUCCCAAAAUAGUCUUGAUCUUUUGCCUUCAUAUAUUAUUGAAUAUCUCCUACUCUCUGAAUGAAUAAGAGACAUUUACUUGAUGCUAUGUUGUUGCAGGGAUGGAUUCUGGAGAAAGCAAACUACUCAAAGGUAGAGUAUUUUGUUCUAAUCAUGUUGAUUAUUGAUUCCAAUAAUAUUUUCCAAGCGGUUUUGUUCUUGGGAGCCAUUCUACUAUUGAAUUCCCUCUAAGAAUAUUCCUAGGGGAGAAUGAAUAUUUCAUGUGACAUCUGCAAUGCUCCCAAUGAUGAACUGUGGCUCCGAAAUCAGCGCUCAUGGAGAACAGACCCUGCAAUGCUCCUGGCAAUGGCGGCCCUCCCAUGGCAGACCUUUUGGCCCGAUCUCCGAUCAUGAUCAGGCUAUAUGGACUACCCUUUAUCAUAGUUCUAUGGAGUGUUUGCAAGCUGCAUAUUUUCUCUAAUUUCUUCAAUCUUUCUGUAUGAAUGGCAUUGCAAUAUCAUCGGUCGCUUCUUUCUGGUUUUCGUUGUUUUGAUCCUCUAAAGAUGAAAUUUUCAUAGAACAAUCUCACUAGUUUAGUCAUGAUUUGGGUCUGGUCUAGGAUCGAUAAAUUUUGUCAGAAAAACUUUGAAGUAUAUUCAUUGUUCUUGGCGAAGUUCUCACCUUCUGAUCCUAAGCUUUUUUUUUUUUUUUUUCCUUGUGUCUGCAGGAAGCGAUCUCGGACUUCUAUAGAUUCAUCUGGAACCUCUUCUAUACCGAGUACAUCAUAUUCCCCUUCAUAUAG